UAACUUGCGCAGCGUCGGCGUCACGAAAAUCUGCAUGUUGAUCUCGACGUUCAUACCGACGGACAUGACCAGAUCGACUCUGCUAGUGACCCUGAUCAAGAGUUACUCGUAUAAAAAUUCUGUCGUUAUCGUCGCCAAUAUGAACUUUAGUAAAAAAUUAGGUCCAAUCAGUUGCCAAUUAAAUAUCUCAAAACCAGUUUUAAAGGAAACUAAAAAUGCCGGUGAAAUAUAUGUAUUGUCUUUGAAAAGUUAAAUCCAGAUCGGUUAAACAAUUUCUUAAUAAUUAAAUACGAAUAAUAAAUAUUGGACUACUAAAAAAAUGUCUAUCAGAAGUAAAAAAUUUAAACACGAAAACGCAUACGUACAUGUUAUUUUUGGAAAAUGUACGGCAAGCGUGUCUUGCUUUGAAUUAUUAUAUAAAUUUGUGUCGACAUAUGUAUGUUUUAUCAUCUGAGUGACUUUUAAAACAACCCUCAUUAAAUAAUACUAAAGAGAUCACAAGAAUGUGAAAGCUGUUGGAUGUACAUAUACAUACUAGUACUCAAUUGAGCAUCGUCAAUGCCAGUUAACCCCAUUUUCUGGAAAAAAAAUUGUUCUAUAAAAAGUAUCAAGAAUUUUACUUCAACACUUUAAAAGCGGAUAACAACAUACAAAAAAAGCCUCGUUCAGUAAUUGUACUCGUUAACUUCCCGCAUCCACGGAAUAUUGAAUACCGCAUUACCACUACAAAAAACAUGAUAAACACAGUUGUUUUACGAAAGGUACAAAUACGAAUUAAUACUGAACACCUUUAUUGUUGAUAAACGUCUUUUCUGAUAAAAAGAUAUUCAUUGGCAUAACGUAAAAUUAAUUUUUGGCUUCUUUGGGAGCUACUUUUAUUAUGUAUAAGACAUAACUCAUGUCUUGAACUCGUUAUCAUUUGAUAUUUUACUGUUGACUAAAUAAAUCAUUUAUAUGCCGAUUAGGUUUUGUCCUUUUUUAUAUUUAAACGUAAAUUUAAAUUCCCGAUUUAAAGCGCACGAAUAACGAAACAUGGUAUUUGUAACAAAGUGGUGUAUUGCCUUUUUUUUUGCUGCUUCGAAUUUUACAAUGUUAUGUAAUGGCCACGGUAGACUGAUCGAACCACCAAGUAGAGCCUCAGCUUGGCGGUUUGGAUUUGAAACACCACCAGACUAUAAUGACCAUGAACUAUACUGUGGAGGGCUUAACCGUCAGUGGAAAACAAACGGCGGUAAGUGUGGAGAAUGCGGAGACGCGUGGGAUGUUCCGGAACCACGACCCCACGAACAUGGUGGCCACUGGGGUCAAGGCUUGAUUGUCCGGAGCUAUUUACCUGGAUCUAAAAUUACAAUUCGUGUAGAAUUAACAGCUAGUCAUAUGGGAUAUUUUGAGUUUCGGAUAUGUUCAAAUCCAAAUGCUAAGCAGGCUUGCUUAGAUAAAAAUGUAUUGCUAAUUCUUAAUGGAUAUCCUUCUCAACCAAGAAAAUCAGACCUGGAUAUCAGAUUUUAUCCUCGAAAUGGAAGUUGCACAUAUGAAAUUUUGGCACAGUUACCAGAUUUUACAUGUGAGCACUGUGUUCUACAAUGGCGUUAUGUUGCAGGCAAUAAUUGGGGUAUGUGUAGCGAUGGUAAUGGAGCUGUUGGAUGUGGCCCACAAGAAGAAUUUCGUUCCUGCUCGGAUAUUGCCCUAACUACAGAAUCCUAUCUUGGUCCCUUAUCACCACCUACACAAUCAAAUGGAAUGUCUACGACCAAGAAACAUCAUUCUGUUUAUAUACAAAGUGACAAAUUAAUGUAUAUUUUUAUAAUUUCACUACUGUUAGUACUAAUAUUAGUUUGCGUUGUUGUUAUUUGGAUCAAGUUUCACAAUAACAACAAAUUUUGUAUUCCAAAACUUUUUAAUAAUUUAAAAAUAUAUAUGUUGGAUAUCAAUACAACAAAAUAAUUUCAUAUGUAAUGCAAUAAUAAAUUAGAUAACCGACAUAUUUCACAAACUAAGAGAUUAAGUAAUGUAGUUAAAGAUCUAGUAAAUUAAACAAGUAUAAAUACUGAAAGUUGUAAUUUCUUGUAUAGUUAAUAAUGUUUAAAUCAUUUAAUAUUUUACAAUUUGUUUAUAUUAGAAAAUUUAUUUAUCAUGUGUUUCAGUAUACAUUUAUUAAAAAUGAUAAUUUUAAGCUAAGCCGUAGCACUAAGCACUGUAGAAAAUUAAGGAGGAACUAGUCCGCCGAGCCAGAAUUUUUUCUUGACCUUAAACUCUAAGAGUCAUUUUCUCGAAACCAUGUUUUUCAAAAUUGUGUAAUAACAAAGUGAGUAAAACUUAAAUAAUAAUAAAAACUAUCGAUAAAUUAUAUAGCUUUCAUUUUAAACAGCAUAAACAAUUGUUUUAUAUACACUAAAAAUUUAAAAAUAAAAAAUUUGUAGACUUUUUUACCU